AUGAUUUUCACUCCGAUCUCUGCUUUGAACAAACCAGAUGGGUCAAGCAAGCAAGCGAUUUCGAGGUACAUCGAGAGAAGUUACACAGGGAUACCUCCUGCUCAUGGAGCUCUGUUGACGCACCAUCUCAAGACUCUCAAGAACAAUGGUAUUCUUGUGAUGUCGAAGAAUCAACGGACAACCAACUAUUACCAGAUCUUUCUCCAUCAUCUACUCAGAAGCGUGGUCGUGGUCGUCCUCCAAAAGGAAAAACCCACAUGGGAACAUAACGAACUACCUGUUUCUCGACCGGAGAAACAACUGCAACUGCAUGCUCAGUUGCAACCAUUGAUUAGGAGACCCCGAAGUCGUUCUAGGAAAGAUGGAGCUUUGCCGACACUGAGGGCCUAUGUUUCCGGCGGUGUGGAUGUUCCGAAACAAAGAGGGCGGCCUCCGAGUAGAAGAGCUGCUGGGAGAGAGAGGAAGCCGGCCGUGGUCUCAGCUCCAGCUUAG